CGGAUCCGAGUGGAACACACCACGGGUGGACAUCCGGCAACUGUACAGAACGUGUAGUGACCUUAACAGCGACUGUUAAAUACAAUUCGCAAAGCCCAGAAAUAGUGACUCGCUGGACGGGACUAGAACCUGAAUCCCCAUACAUCCGAGCCAAUCUGGGUGACAUCGGUGCGCGAUUGCGAUUAGUCGCUCAUUCGACUCAGAUAAAGGGACUCGUAUUCCUCAUUCUUUGGUUCUCGAUCGCUUACAAUAUCGCACAGUAUCUUUGAAUUAACAACAGUUUAGUUAAAAAUGGAGGAACUAGACAAAGAACAAAUUGCUAUCCUGAGGAAAGCUUUUGAAGCUUUCGAUCAUGAGAAAAAGGGCUGUAUUGGCACCGUGAUGGUGGGCACCAUCCUCGGCAUGUUGGGUCACCAGGUCACUGAUGACACUCUAAAGGAAAUUAUUGAAGAAGUAGACGAGGAUGGUUCAGGAGAAUUGGAGUUUGAGGAAUUCGUUACGUUAGCUUCAAGGUUUAUGGUUGAGGAAGAUGCUGAAGCUAUGCAACAGGAACUCAAAGAGGCAUUCCGGUUAUAUGAUAAAGAAGGUAACGGUUAUAUCACGACCGCUGUUCUAAGAGAGAUCCUCAGAGAAUUAGACGACAAAAUUAGUGCUGAAGAAUUAGAUAUGAUGAUUGAGGAAAUUGACUCUGAUGGCUCUGGAACAGUUGACUUUGAUGAAUUCAUGGAGGUGAUGACAGGCGGCGAUGAUUAGGCUUGCUUACAAACAUGUUGUGAUACUUACGUUCAUUCAUACAUAUUCUGUACCCAAGAGAACCCACUUAUAAUUUAACACCAAUGUACCUUCAAAUGUGUCAUCAACAUAAUUGAAAUUAUAUAAGUUAAUUUAUACACUUACUUUAAUUAAUAUAAGACUUAUUUA